AGUGGUCGUUAAGUGGUUGAAGCUGUUUUGUAAACAAUUCUCCGACAUCGAAGAAGGCGGUAGUCAUGGAAUAAAUCAGGCCUACUUCAACAAGUACAUCGCUAUAGAAACGGAAACUUCCGCUUAUAGAAACCGCUCAUGAUGGACGGAUCGCCACCGAAAACCAACCGGAAAGUACGUUUCUCCCUACCCGAACCGGCCGUACCGGCCGUUCCCUCCACAACCCCCGUCCAGAAGCAACGUAUGGCACACGGCACAAUGCAGUACGUCAAUGGGACGCUUAUCAGUCAGUCGCAGCAGGCUCCGGCUUCAGCGCAAACACGUGCCCAUCAAUCGUUACAGAUAACACCGACACCGACAUCAGCCACCUCGUCCACGAUCGGUAGCUCUGGAGCCUACAAACCAAAGGAACUGAACAACAAGAUCGUACUCCAUCUGCGCCCCUCCGUCAAUUCGCUCGAUAGUGGAAGCGAACUAUCCUCGCCGAAAGGAUCACCGGGCGCCUCCACCGAUGGGAAACCGGCCAGACAGAAAGCUUACUUACAAAAAUCGGGUUCCGGCAAUGGGUGUGCUUCCACUGGUGCUGGGACCGGUAGCUCAGCACGGUCACUCAAAACGUUGCCUCAAAUUAAUCAAAAAUAUCCCAGCUCCGAGGACGUGAACAAUAACGUCGGGGCAGUGACGCGUAGCAGACCGAGUGAGGAUCUCGAGACGAUUGCUGGCGGUCUUUGGAACCAUCCGACGAAGAAGCCAACCAUCAUGCUGCGUACGAUCUCAAGCAGUGGUGCUCAGACGCACCCGUCGAAGGCACCACUAGCAGCACGAACUCGUACGAAAUCGGUUGGAAAAUUGCAGCCCGGUGUCGGUGCUGGUGGACGCCAUUCGAAGUCUCUAAUCUCACCACACCUAGCACCGAUGGAUGGGAUGGUCGUGCGGGUGCAGGAAACUUCCAACAAAUCGGUCGAAUUGCCCGGAGGAAUUGAGCCAAAGGAUCGACGUGUGGAAGAGAUUAACGUAUCCAGUAUUAUCCGACAAACAAGCACAUCCAACGGCAGUAACCAUCGUUCCAUGUACGGGAAAAGCGGCCAGUAUUUAGCCGUCCCAGAAUACACCGAUCGGUACGAAGGCAUGGAGACGGCCGUCUCAGCAACGCUGAACGAUGAGGAGGAGGAUGAGUAUGAAGACAGUGAGCAGGAUGGAAACGGUAGCAGUGGAAAUGCUGACGAGCGGAAUGGAACGUCCCACGAUCCGGCAGGCAAUGGGACCGAUCCCCUGAAGGGUGUGGUGGGGGAUGAUGGAAAGUUUCGCUGCGCGCGGGACACGAACCUCGGUCGGGAUCGAAACACCGCCCAGUUUUGGGACUUUGUCGAAAGGUGGCGCACGAAUCGCGCGCUCAAAAAGCUAGAAAGUGCCAACCAUGAACCGAGCGCACCUGUCAGCACGACGGUACUGAUCGGUUCGGACCGGGGCAAAUCGGAAACGAAAAGUCCAACGCUUAGCUCACGAAUACGUGCCCUCAGGAUGAGUCUUGAGCAGGUACCGACGGUGACGACACUGCUGCGUGCAUCCCGCGAUGCAAACGAGUAUCUGCUGAAGGAAGUGUUCCGAGACAUUCUGGAGAAUGGCAUCUCGAAGGAGAACCUCAAUUCUACCGAUCGCAGCGGAAGGACGGCCAUUUCGUACAUCUGCUCGACGAACCUUACCAACUUUUUGGAGCUGUUUUUACAACUGCCCGGCAUCGAUGUCAACAAACCGGACAACGAGGGUAACACACCGCUGCAUUUUGCAGCCCAGGCCGGUCUCUCGGACGUGGUGAACAUGCUCAUCACCAAAUGUCGCAGCUUGACCAUCGAUCCCAAGAACAACCUGGGCUUCACGCCGCUGAUGAAGGCCGCCCUGCAGGGCAGGACACGGUGCGCUAAGCUGCUGCUCUUUGCUGGGGCAUCGCCAGUCGAAACCGAUACCGGACGAGGAUUUAGGGCGGAACAGUGGGCACGCUUUUGUGGCAGACACACCUGUGCGGAAACGAUAGAACAGUGCGCCCGGGCACGGCUGCUGGACAAAUCGACACCCUGCGGUAGAUGGUCGCACGACAUUAAUCUACCGGUGGACAAGAAUGCGCUCAAGGCACGCAGCUGCAGCAUUACGCCACAACCAACACAAAACGGUUUUCGCUCCAAGUUCCGCAAAGUAUUUCCGUUCAACUUCAACUCCUCGAAGGACACGAAGGCGGUCAGCAAGGAGGGCGAGGAAAACUACACGAAGGAUCUGGUCAACUACCUGAAGUCGGCCACGCUGUGCGUGAGUGGACCGGCGCUGUCGGCCAAUCGGAAGAUCAUACAGAGCUUGAUUCGACCGUUGGAAGUGCCAAAACUUGAGGUAACCUAUGCGAACAAUAAUGCGCUCAUCAAAAAGUACGAAGCGUCGAUGGAAUCGAACGGAACCGCGGAACACGGGCGUCGUAAUUCGGUGGACGGAAGUACCGGUGAUAGUCGGAAUGCGACACCGACGCACUCUCCAACCCCAGUCAGGGCCAAGGUACGGAACUAAACGGAUGUUCGCUUGACUGCUUGUGUUCGGUUUACCACGGAGCUGAGAAACUGUACAAGGAAGUUACAAGCAUUGGCGAAUGGGUGGAUUAAUUGUUUAAGCUAUAGCGUAGAUACAAGAUGGAGUUGAAGUUGGAGACAUAACUGCAGGAUAAGGUUAGCAAAUAAUGAACAGAACAGCACGCUAUUCAACAUGGAUCCGUUUUGGGUGCUUUACCUUCAUGGACAAAAUCUCCCCUCCUCAACAGACUGUUGCAGUUCUGUUUUGUUGUAUUUAAGGUGAAAUUGUAGUAAAAUCGCUUGUGCAAUACAUGUUUAGUGUUAAAACCUAGUAGAUAAGUAUUCAACCAACUCGGUUUGGAAGGAUGUUUGGAAUAUCAAAGAAUAAUAGUCAUUGUCAUCGUAAGCAUUAUCGUACAUGUAUCAGUAAACUAAGUAUGCAGUAUAGACCACACGCCGCAAAAGCAGCGUUAAGCGGUAGAUCCAUUAGAAAAGUGACACGUAUUGAACAGUGUA